UCAAACUCAUAAGUUAUAUAUAAUUCGAAACCAUAGGUAGAAACUAAUAAAGGCAAAAGAAAAAGAAAAAAAACAACUUUAAGAUGUUCUCCAUCUUUGACUUUCCUACAAGUGACUUUACCGUAGAUGUCAUCACCGGGAAGAAGCAUCGAGGCGACGUCUCUGCCAGCGUUGGGAUGGUUUUGUUUGACGAGGCUGGAAACGCGAGCUCGAAAAUCAAAGUUGGGCAGAUAUUUCAGAAGCAUACGAAAUUUCACAUCCCCAGCAAUGACACGGCAGAGCUGAACAAGGAAGGAGACAUCUCUCGAAUUGAAUUCUGGGUGGACGGUGCCCGUGACAACGGAAGUAAACACUGGCACGUGAAUAAAUUGGAGGUCAGAAACAACGCCAGGCAGAAGACGUUUGUUUUUCCAGUGCAGCAAUGGGUCGUCCGCAACCGCAGCUACAAGGUCAAGCAUUUACAUACGUCCCUGCCACAGCUGGAACAUGAGGAAUUUAAAGAUGACAGGGAAGAGGAACUGAAAGAGAAAAAAAGAAUUUAUGAAUUGGAUCAGAAAUUUCCAGGUGCACCAGUUCAGGUUAAAAUACUUCCGAAGCCUGAAGGAUUCACCUAUAGGUAUAAACAAGAGGAGAUAUUACAGCGUAGACAAAUUAUGGAGAAUCAAAUCGGUAAGAUACCUCGUGAAGCUUUCAAUUGGAAAAAGAUUGAGGACAUCUUUAGCAUUUAUGAUCCAGCUGUUUUCCCUAAACCUAAAGGAAGUCAUUUAUGGUCUGAAGACGUAUAUUUUGGCAGACAAAGGAUAGCCACCAUUAACAACACUGUCAUUGAAUUAGUCAAGGAUUUGCCCCAAAACUUCCCUGUGUCAGAUAAACUUGUGGGACCGUUUUUGGAAGGACUAACAUUGAAGGAAGCCAUUGAUAAGAAGAGACUAUUUAUGUGUGAUUUGAAGGUUUUGGAAGGAAUUCCAGUCAAAGAGAAUUUUGUGCUAUGUGCUCCUAUCGCUCUCUUCUUUCUGGACAAGAGUAGGGAACUGAAGCCUGUGGCUAUACAACUGUUCCAGAGACCAUCGUCUAAUAACCCAAUUUUUACACCAGCUUGUCCAACACUGACAUGGACCUUGGUCAAGAUGUGGUACAACAAUGCUGACGCAGCAUAUCACCAGGGCCUGACUCAUCUUGGAUUCACUCAUCUCCUGAUGGAAUCUUUUGACUUGGCGACACAGAGGAAUCUUUCAAGUUCCCAUCCAGUGUAUAAACUUCUGGAGCCUCAUUUCUUGUUCUUAAUGGCCAUUAACAGUUUGGCCCUUACUGAGCUCAUAAAUAAAGGUGGCUGGGUCGAUGAAGGAAUGAACUAUGGUCGUACAGGGAUGCUCCAGCUUAUUGCUAAUGUAUUUGAGAACUGGAGACUGGACGUAGAUGGAAAUUUUCAUGAAGACAUGAGGAGAAGAGGGCUUGAUGACCCCAAUGUACUACCAUCCUACCACUUCAGAGAUGAUGCUCUCUUGCUGUACAACGCCAUCGAUGACUAUGUUCUAGAAUAUCUGAGCAUUUAUUACACCUCCCCAGAUGCACUGCAAACUGAUCAUGAGCUUCAGAACUGGGCCCAAGAGUUAGUAAAGGAAAGAAAUUAUUCUGAAGGCGGAAUGGGGAUCAAGGGUGUGCCAGGUAAUGGAAAGAUCAGCAGUUUAGAUCAGCUUCAGCAGAUACUGACCUGUAUCAUCUUCACGUGCAGUGUUAAGCACGCCUCUGCCAACUUCGGACAGUAUGAUGAGUACGGAUUUCCGGCUAACUAUCCAUUGACACUUCAAGGGACUCCACCAACUGAUCCUAAUGCAAUUUUGACUGAGGCUGACAUUUUGGCCAGUUUACCGGAUAUUGUGACCAUUCUCAAGCUAAUGACGGUCACAAAGCUUCUAAGCGACAGAGGAACCAACAGUCUUGGCGACUUUGAAACUGAGUACAUUGUAGAUCCAAAUGGGAAAAAAGCUGUGGAAAGCUUUCGUAUGAAGCUUGCUGGCAUAGGGGAAAUUAUCAAGGAAAGAAAUGCAAACCGGACAUUUGAGCACACGUAUCUUCUGCCAGAGUCCAUUCCCAACAGCAUAAGUAUCUAAGGAAUGAUGCUCAGAAUAGCCUUUACGUUGAUCUAUUAUUUAAUUCACUUUAAGCUUUAGUUGUGGUCUUAUAGGUCUAAAUUACGGUUGAUUGUGUUAUGUUGUCAUUAUUAACUGUAUAAAUAAGCUAUAGGCAUUGAACUAUUAUAUCUUGAAUCCAGUUUACUUGUAUUGACAUCCUUAAUUAUAUCUUCAUCAGGCAGCAAAUAUAAUAUAGAAGACUUAUAAGAAAAAAAAUACGUUACAAUUUCUAAUGAGUAUUUAUAUACUUCUUUAUAGCAUGUAUUACUUGUGUUUACAAAAUAAUAGAGGCAUAGUGUAAAGCCAGAGAGAGAGAAACUAAAAAAUACCUGUUGACAUAGUAACAUUAAUGAGGACAGAUAUAAAGGAAGGAAUAUAGCUAUUUCAAGAGUAGCAAAAUAGAAAUACCUUACCCUAUCGCUUAAUGACUUAGUAUAUUGAACCGUUGGGGCACAACACAAGAUCUGUUAACCAUAUUUCUCCAUUUCUCUCUGUCCUUUUCCUUGGAUAGAAUUUAUCCCAAUAAGAAUAAGGAGAAAAAGAGAAAAGCCAAAAAAAAAAAAGCCAUAGUGAAUAGCCACAGUGAAUAACCAUAGUGAAUAGCUACAGUGAAUAGCCACAGUGAAUAACCAUAGU